CGAGAGCCACUUCAAGACUAAUGUGGCAACGCCAUGCCAUCGGCGAACGCUUACAGAAAGGAUGCAUUUCUGGAAAAAAAUUAUAUGAAUAAAUAAUUAAAUAAUUAAUUAAAUGCUUACAGCACCUGGUAUUCCCAGGCGUUCUCUCCUCCAAGUCCCUAUGCCGACCAAUCAUUGAGCGCCGUUGAGCAAGUUGAGCUGCUCAACCAACCAAUCACUGAGCUCUGUUGAGCAGGCCGCUUCCUCAACCCACCAAUCAGAUGGCGCCGUUGCUUUGAAUAUUAAGUGCAUCACGCGAGUGACAAACGUAAAUAACACUACUAUCAUCGUUUGAUUGAGAUCGGUUACAGCAAACAAGAGGUAAGUCGAGUAUAUUUACCAGUAUAUUCAUAUAAAUGCUUUCUAACCGUUUUUUGUAUGGAUUCGCGUGGAUUUACGUGCAGUAAUUACAAAGUUAUUAAAGUUUUAAAAGCUUUAAUAGAGAAAAUAUAAUCGCCCAUCUAAGUUAACUGCUAACGUGUAUCGUAAACUGCAGUUCUUCGAGUCUUUGUAAUAUUUUACUCAAAUUAAAUACUUUGGAAAUACCCAAACACAAUCAGGGCUGGACAUUAAGACUAACCUACUAUCCAAAUACAGGUAGAUUUUACUUAUUGCUAGUAAUACUAAUGCCAGUUUUUCCUGUUGGAAUUGACUGACUACAUACUGUACAGUAUGAUAAUCCAUUAACAGUCAAUAACAUGUUAAAACACUGAAAACACAAGGCAAGCAAAAAUAAAGUCUACAAUUAUAAGACCAUUACCUUUUGUACUUUCAGCUAAUCAUAUGAAAUAUCACAUUAAAAAGUAAAUCUGAUAACAUCAAUAAAAUACCUUUUUACUUCUACUUUAAGUAAUAGUAUUAGCAGUACUGUUACUUGUGUACAUGUUUUGCAUCUCCUGGUUUUCCAGUGUUUAGUCCCCUGUACAGUUUGAAAAGAAGAAACCAAUCUGAAUAUGUUUCUGUUUUAUUACAACAAAUAGAAAUCAUGGAUGUGGAGGGACACAAGUGCGUGACAAGAGUUUCUCUGUGAAGUCCAACCUGACUCGGCACAUGCAGCUUCAUCUUCCAAAGGAACAUGUGUGUGAAGUGUGUGGGAAAAGCUUCUCAGUGAAAAAGCAUCUGAGCAGCCACCAAAAACAACACCUGUACCCAUGCAUCCGUCUGUACAGGCAGGGAGAGGCCAAGCUGCAGUGUACGGAUGGAUCUGCAUCGUCUCAGAAGAGCAUCCUGUCCUUUGUCAAAGCUGUUGGUACUUACACCCCUCCUCUGCCCCGGUCUCCCCUUCCUUGUGCCCGUGUGCUGAGGCGUGCGCACAUGAUCAUGGAGAUGGAGAAGAUGUCUGGAGAAAUCCUCUGCAUUGAUGGCACAAAAAAGGUCCUUAAGAAGAUAUAUGGUGAUGGCCAGGGCACCAUGCAGUAUAUCACCAGUGUGCUGAACGAGUGGGGCCAGUUCUUGACCACAGUGGUGGUGGCAGCUGAGUCUGAGGGGUGCUACAGACGUAUGGCCAAAGGUCUGAUGGCCCUCUUUGAAUGAGCUAGGGCUCCUGCACCAGCUGUCAUAUAUGCAGAUAACAACUGUUGUCGUGCUUCAUCCUUCCUGGAGAAUCUGUUCAGGGACUGGGCACAGAAGGGCACUGUGAUCCGACUGGACAUCCGACACUGGCUGCACGCUGGGAUGCUGUUGUCAUCAAACAGAGCCAUGCCAACUAUGGGGUGUUUAUGAGUGCCCUUGCAAGUGCAGUGCUGGCCUACAACAAGAAUGAUAUGAUGCUCCUCAACUGCCCAAUCUGAAUGCCAAGGCUAACUACAGGGCAACCGUAAUGCCAAAGGUGAAACCCCACCAACGAGUGCUGUCAGAAGAACCAAUGCCAGCAGCUCCUACUCUGUCAGAAUCCCUUCCAGCUCCAGAUCGACCUCAGGUUCAGUACCAGAGCCUAUGUCAUGCAGCUGGAAAAAGGCAUGAUCAGAAGCGGAGGAUAGAUGUGGAAGAGUUUGUGAACCGGCCCAUUCAACCUAAACCCCCUGUGGCCACGUACAUCCCAUCCAGAGCGUCAAAAGCACCUGUCCUUGUAGUGGUUCCUGCAUAGCCACAGGGACCAUCCAUGAUGCUCUGUGGGGCAUCCAGCAGUCAAGGGUUCAUACCUUUCGCACCGCCUCCUGCGCUGACAUCCAGACCAAUCAAGCCUCAUAAAUCCCCGAAGCCUUGUGGGGCCUACCAAGUACCCCAGUGUGGUGGGCAGGUACACGCCGUCCAAAGACAAGGCUGCUGAAAGUAGCCGAAAAAUAUUUACGUAUUGCCCAGCAACUAGAAAGUCCACCACUUCAGGUUUUGAAGGUGUUGUGUUCAACAGUUUCGAACACUUCAAAAGUGUAGUAGAUGAAGAACUAAAAAUGAAGACAAAUAACAAUUAGAGGGCCAACUACAUCCCCCAAAUCACAAUAGCAGAUUUCUGGGGUAUGGCUUGUACCUGGUUCAGACCUGGAUCAGACCUAGUUUACUUCAUCCCCUUGUAUAUAUUGUACACAGUAUUGGGGAAAGUAACUUUCCCCAACACUGAUUGUACUUAUAUUGUAUAUUGUUCAAUGUGUACAUGUAUAAAUCUUAAAAAGAAUCCUGUAAAUAAUAACUUAUUAGUACCUAUUUAGCUAUUUUCUGCUAAAUUACUUAAUAAUUAAUGUAAAUUCUAUUCUGUUUACCUUGUGACCUGUGUUAUUGUUAUUAUUGUUGUGUUGUUUAUUUAUUUCUAUAGAUAUAUAUUGUUGAACAAAUAAAAAAAGAAUGUUUCCGAAUAUAUGA